CCGCGCCAAACAUGCACAAUACCGGCGCAAGGCCACCUCCAGUCUGACCACGCAGCUCAGCCGGCCGACGGGACCUCCGCGCUCCGGACGACGCCGCCGCCACCGACGACGACGACGACGACGACGACGUCGACGACGCGCUGUACUCUUACUCUCCAGAUCGUGUUUUGCUUUAUCAGUUAUCCAGUCGAACAGCCGAGGACACUAUUAGUCUUAAAGGACUCAUAGCGUGUCAGUAGUGCCUGAGCAGCCGCGUCGGUUUUCUUCGCGAAAUGUUUUCAGAUCGUGAGGUUUAGGAGCGCCUGUUGACCUGCAACCCUUCGUGCAGCCCUGCUUCGACGAUUGCAUAGACAGAUGUGCGCGCCGCCCGCGGUGUGCUGCGUGCUGGCGGGCGUGGCGCUGGCGCUGGCGGUGGCGCGCGGCCAGGCCGGCGGCGCCUCCCGCUACCGCUGGACCAUCCCCAAGGAGCAGAUCUUCAGCGACAACAAGGUCAUCCCGUUCGACCAGCAGGUCUCCGAGUUCCUCUACAAGGGCGAGACCAAGAUGUUCUUCCUGGUGAAGAAGAAGCGUGAGGGCCCACUGUCCAUCACGGUGACGCCGUGCACCUCCAGCCUCCUCUGGUCGGUGGGCUACCGCAACGUCAGCAAUGACACCGAAAUGGGCGACCCCGAGCCGGAGCAGUCGCUGGGCGAGUACCGCGGCCGGCAGCUGCGCACGCUGCAGGUGCGGCCCGCGGCGCCCGGCCUGUACACGGUGCGCGUGGCGCCGCUCGAGGGCCAGUCGUACGUGAUGCUGUACGCGACGCAGCAGCCGGGCGGGCCCGGGCCGCUCUCCGUGCGCCAUAAGCCGCGCCUCAAGCUGCAGCGGCGCCAGCGCCGCAAGGGACUCACCGUGCGCUGGGAGCCCAGCUCGGUGGACCCGCACCUGAUGCACUACUGCCUGGUGGUGAACCCGCGGCGACACUACUCGACGCUGUGUGAGGCGCGGGGCGAGCGCUACGGCGUCAUCCCGCCAGACGCGCCGGAGCCGGCGGACGGCGCGCCGGUGGGCUUCAACUUCCCGCACGACGUCGCCGGCGCCACCAAGGCGUCGCUCGCCAGCAAGGCCGAGCGGCACAACGCCAGCCGCCUCGGCCGCGGCUCGGGCGCAGAGACGCACGAGGACAUAGUUGUGACGUGCGUGGGCCACAAGACGCAGUACACGCUGUGCCACCUGCAGCACGGCAAGGUGUACCACGUGAACCUGUUCGCCGUGAACAAGCGCACCAAUCUGAGCUUCCCGUACGGCAGCACGACGCUCAAGUACGAGCAACGCGCCCGGCCGGUCGCGCUCAGGGACGGAAAGCGCGCCAGCGUCAACCUGCGACACCUCGACGGCCGCGCCUCCUUCAAGUUCAAGGUGGGGCGCAACCCGGGCCCGCAGCUGGUGGCGUACGUGAUGGCGUGCGGCGGCGGCUCCGUGGACGUGCGCAUGCGCGUGGACGGCCAACAGACGGGCGGGCGCACCCGCGUCGACGGGUACGCGCGCCUCGAGCUGGGCCAGCCGCGCAAGGGACAGCGCUACACGCUACAAGUGGCCGCGCCCCACCGAGAGGAGCUGCGCCGCGUGCACGCCGUCGAGGUGCUGGCGACGACGCGGCCGGAGCGGUUCCCGCUGGUGGAGCUGCCACCGCGGCCGCAGCUGCACGAGUACGAGUCGCUGCGGCGCUGCCGCUCGGUCACCGUGGGCUGGCUGCCGUCGCCCAGCGCCGCCUCCAGCGCCCAGCCGCUGCGCUACUGCCUCAGCGUGCGCGAGCGCGCGCACGCCGACGACGAGCUGGCGCCGCGCCCCAACCAGUGCGCUCUGCGCCGCGCGCCCGCCACGCAGCCCCUCUCCAGCACCUGCCGCGAGGGGGAGACCACCGCCAACAGAGCGAGUAAUGUGACCACACAUGAAGUCACUGGCCUAGAACCAGGUCGCAGUUAUGUGGUUCAGCUCACAGUGCAACGGCCAGGUGGACGACCUCUCUCAUAUGAUCUUCUGCCAGUGCGCACCACAACAGAAUGUCUACAAUAGGUUUAUGUGUGCAUUCUCUUGCAGCUAUCAAGUUAUGUAAGAAUGAUAACAGAUGAUGUUGUGAAUGUAGCAGGAAUGUCUGUACCUGGACUCUUACCUUUCCAUGUAAGGAAACAUUUAAGACUAAAUAUUAUAAGAGGCUAUGGACAUAACAGGUAUAGGGCCUUCAUAUAUUUGCUGCUCAAGAUAUGUACUGUCUUAGUGGCAUGAGUUUGUAUGUGAAUCAUUUGAUAAUUUAAUUUUGUUGAAGUAUUAUUUCUAUUAGUUAAGAUCAAACCAAUGUUGAAUUGUAGACUGCGCAAUAUUUAUAUUCUAGGCACAGUUAGUUAAGUCUGUAUUUUCUGACCAUGUUUGAUACAAUAUUGAUUAGAUUUGUUAUGUAAUAGGAAUUUAAUUUCCAAGUAUGUGCCAAUAACUAAUAAGCUUCUGCAAUAUUACAUAUAGAAUCCAGCAUACCUGUGUAGAAUGGUUGCUUUUCCCACACUGUGAUCAAGGAGAGAAGAAAUUCCAAGUGAAAUGUAUAGAGAACACAAUGUAGUUUUCACAGAUUGUAGAUGAAAUAUCAAAACUCUAAACCACUUUUCAGCACAGACCUCACAACAUUCAAGAUUAGUCUCUACAUGUGACAAAUCUAUAGCCUUCUUACACAGUGUUAGCAAUAUCUCCACCGAACUCUUUCACAUUAAAUUGUACUUAAUUUUCUACCACUGAUUUCUCUUGGAAAUCUUAAAUACAGUCAUUCAAUAUAUGAUGCAAUGAAUGUGCGUAAUGGUGAAGAUGCUUUAAAUUCAGAUUAUUCUUGGUCUUGAAUAUCCAUGCAUAGCUGUACAGUAUUACUGAAGUAGAAUAUCAAAACAAAUACAUUAUUAACAUUUUGACCUGGGUUCCUGUAAGAAUAGUUCAGAAAUAAGCUGCAGUGCUAUCCCUGAAUGUAACUGUCACAAUAGUAUCAAUGUAGCUUAAGUGCUGUAUACUCUGCAGGUUGCUUAAGUAACAUACAAUGAAAGUGACAUUUUACAUAAAUACACCAAUAAUGCUUUCUAUUUUUGAGAGAAUGUCUGUUAUUUUCUUCAUACAUUGAACAAAGAUGGAAAAUUCACUAGUCUGAAGAAACAUGUUCUAAAAGGACAGCAUAAAAAACGCAAACUUUAUAUAAAUGAAAUGACAGAUACUGCAAUAGUAUAUCAGAUAUGUAUUUUGUAAAUGGUUCAAAAAGAGUCUUAAACCAGUAUUCAAAUUUCUUGAAGGUUAUUUGCUAUAUCUUCAUUGUUCUGUUUGCAACCAUUCACAAAAAGCAGCUUUGUGAAUACAAUAGAAUAUGUGCACUUGUCCCAUACAUGCAGAGUUCUUUUUUUCUUUUUGUCAAGUAUCACUAUACAAAUACAGAAUUGGCCACAAUCUAUUCAGUGUAGCAGUUAUAUUAAUAACCAGUCAUAUCUGCUAUAGGGAUCACAAUCAAAAGACUUUCAGAUCCAUCCAGCAAAAGGGAGGAAUUAAUCCUGCUAAAAGCCUCUACUUUAAUGUAGAUUGAUUAUAAUCUUUUUAGGAAAAGAACAAAGUCAUUAAUUCCACUCUUCUUUAUGCCACAUUAGAAGCUCUGUGCAACAUCACAUACACCUUUUGUAACUGUAGAUCCUUUUGCCAUAAGACCUGUGCAUUACAAUAGUUAAUACAAUCAGUUGGAACUACAUACAUUUUUAAAGAGGUUGAUAACACAUAACAGUAUGUACAGUCAAUAAAGGACUGAACUUUAUUGAACUGAUUUCUUGUCUGUGAUCAGUUAUUCAGUAGUUCAUGGAUAGCAGUUUUUGGGAUGAACAUGUCUUCUUGAGUUUCACAUGCACGUGUUUCUCUGGAAUUCCAUUUGAAUUUAGUACCCCUGAAAAGUCUCUUGGAACAUGUCAAGUAUUGAUGAAGUACCUAGUCAUUCCAUAAAAAUUCUUCUGCCAGAUACACCCUCCUCCAUGUAUUUCCUUACAUAGAAAUUGUCUGUGUUACUUAUUAAACAGUGGUUCUUGAUGUUCUACUGCAAAUGGCUUUAAGCAUCAUGUCACCCUUGGUCAACUACUCAUAACAUACUCAUGCCUUCCCUGAACAUUAGUGUGUACACACACACACACACACACACACACACACACACACACACACACACACACACCUCCCUCUCAACAUAUGUAAAGAAGUAUAUUAUUCCAUGCUUCAUUUAUAAGAGUCAGAAGUUACUACCUUCCAAUGUGCCUUUUGAUGAAAAGUGUAAAAUUUGAAACUUCCUGGUAGGUUAAACCUGUGUGCCAGACCAACACUCAAACUCGGGACCCAUGGACAAGUGCUCUUCUGACUGAGCUACCCAAGCAUGACCCAUCCUUGCAGCUUCAGUUCUGCCAAUACCUCAUCUCCUACCUUCCAAACUUGGAGCUUCUGUGAACCUUGCAGAACCUUGUAAAAUUUGUAUAAUUGUUAAGAGAGCAGAAUGUGACACUACUAAGACAGGUAACAGUUUAUCUUUUUUAAUAAUUUGCAAUAUUAAAUCACCAGUUGUACUUUUAUUUUCAGUCAACUGUGCAAUGUGAGGUGAAAUAUUUUUGAGAAUUCAAGACAGCAUUGCAAAAAGGAUAUGUAGGAAGCAAGUGUCAUAUUUUAUAUAGUAGUACCUAAGUUUCUCUUUAGAAAUGACAUGUGAUGACAUCCUAAUUCAAUUCAGAAUACAAUUUAUGCCAUUAGUUUUACUAUAGACAUCAGGGAUCUUAAAUAUUUUCAUUUAGGUUAUCUUGUUUGACUCCAAUGAAACAUUGAAGCAAAAAAAUUUGCCAACAGUGUUCAAAUUCUGGUGACUCAUACUUGUUACAGAUUGAAUGAAUUUAUUUAACUUGAAAAAUAGAAAAGUCUCUCUUUUUUAGGAUAUUAGUGACAAAAGCACAUAGAAUAGUCCUUGUACUAGAAGUAAAUACAGUCUGCUCGUUGCUCAGGAUACUAAUAUAAUUAUCUGUUCUCAGGAGCUCAAAACUUUUUAAUAACACACAAUUUUCUUGUCUAACAAUGGAAAUCAUGAGUGGAAUAAUAAUUUGAAUUAGAACAGAUUGCUGGGAGGCAUCAAGCAGUAAACAGUCUCAUUUAAAAGUAACCUCUUGGAUGUUAGUUUUUCAACAAAGUUCUUUCUUAAGUGAGGAAGAAACACACACACACACACACACACACACACACACACACACACACACACACACACAACUCUCACAUAUAUGGUUAAUGUCACCUCUGAUUGCUCUAGGGAUAAAAGGCACGUGCAAGGCUGAACCCAGAAGGGGGUUACAGGCAGCUGGAGGAACGGGACUAGUGAAAACUAAGGCCAGGGAGGUUACAGAAAUAAAGGUAAUGUUGCAGGGGGAGUUUCCACAGGCGCAAUUUAGAAAAUCUGGCACUGCUAGAAAAUAAUCCAGAUUUUACAUAACCCUUUCCCCUUCUCUGUUUCUCUCCUCUCUCUUUUUUUCCAUGAUCCCACAUCCCUGCACUCUCCCACAGAGAGCAUUUCCCCCACCCACACCCUGCUAACCCCAACACUCACAACUCACACCAUACCUCUUUUGUGCCUCCAAACUCAGAUGACAGAGAUUGCUUUGCACCCAGAUGUGACAGUGGCCAUAUGUGUGUGAGGUUUUGAGUUUUUUUUUUUUUUUCUUCUUGACCUGACAAAGGACUUUGUCUGAACACUAAUACCAAAUAGUCUACUUUUAAAAUGCCUGCCCACUGCUCAGUCCUACCUGUCUGUGGUAAGUAGUAAUCUAUUCUAAUGCAUAUGAUUUUUAAUAACAUUUUUCUUAAGAGCUACAACACUAUUAGCAUAUACAACAAAACUAAUAAGAAAGAUGAAGGAGAAAACUGUAAGAUAGAAAACGGGUGUCACAGGUGUUGUAUGGAAGUAUUAAUAUUUGAAAGUAACUUAUUUACAUCCUGUCUAGUACUGAGAACAAUCAGCCUGACAUAUUGUCCUCAAUCAACAACUGAAAUUAUCUGCCAAUUUUUUUAAGUAAGUAAUUCACAUCUUGAAAAUAAAGUCAAAACUAAACUUGAAGCAAAUGUGUCAAAUGUAAAGAAUAGUUGUAAUUACUGGCAAGAGGAAGUUCAUCAGCUUCAAAAAUGAAAAACAUUAUUCCAAAUUAGUUUAAGUAAAUACCUUCACAAUUACAAAAGUACAUAAAGCUACAAAUAAGAGCUAAUUAUAGCAUCAUUAAUAGUGCCUGAUAAUUAGUUGAUUAUUUGAGGUAAUCCUUGCCUUGCUUUGGCAUGAAAACUAGCUCAACCCAAUCAUUUACAGGAAGGACUACUACUGCUAUAAAGUUCAAAUCACUGUACAGCUUGGAAUUUUUCACACAUGCAAAGCAGUGUCAGAGGUAAUUCCACAAAAUGUACUGCAAAAAUUCCCAGAGCUAACCUAGGACCAAAUCUUUAUUUUUGCAGAAUUCCCAUUAAGCAAUUAAUUUAUGCAUCUACUGCCAAUAACAGAAACAAGUUAUGGGAGAAAACUAUAAUUCUCUUACUACAAAACCAGUGCAAAACCAAACAUGAUCUGUGUCAAAUUCAGAACCAAGAAGUGAAAUAUGUGUUUCUUUCAUUGAAUUUUGUCAGUUGUUCAUCUUUUAGAAAGUAUGCAUUCCUCACACCCUGUACUAUUGAAUGAUUAUGUCUUUGCCUUAUUGCUUUCUUUGUUUCUCUAUUGCUCUACAUUAGUAGUUGCAUGAGAGGGAAUCUUCGAUUCUUCAAGAAUGAAACCAUUAAGUUUACCUUAUUUCUAAUAUUUAUGUUGUUCUUUUUUUUCCUUAUUUAAAUGCAAUAUAGCACAAUCAAUUCCCCCCAUUGGGCUGCACGUAUUAGCCAAAUUGUAUUAUACAGUUCUUUUCAUGUUUCUAUCACAAUUCAUACUGAUUAAAACUGAAUUCUUUGUUUCCAUGUUACUUUAAAAAUACUCUUGCUAACCCUUCUGCUUUUCUGUGUACCACCUUCCACUGAGUAUGAUGGCUAUUCAGAUCUUUCUCUUUCUUCCUAAAUUCCUUUCUACCUACUUUGUUUCCUUUCCUCAUAUCUACCAUUCUUCUUCUUACUCUCCUCCUCCAUCUGUUCUUUUGCAUCUCUUCUCUGAAGUGCUGUUUUGUGAAGCAGCUCUCUAUUUCUGUUAUUUUCUGUUGCACUGUUUUUGUUAAGUUACCUGUUACCUCUGUAAUUCUCAAACUUUUGUGCAUCCGGGAGGGUUACUAAGCAAUGCACUGUCCCUCUUUUAGAUUAAAUGGCUGAAUCAAAUAGUAUGAUAAAAUAGUCAUUUAGUCUCUCUUUCAAAUAUCAUUCUUACAAUAUGAGAAAAGGAAAGUUGCCACUCACCAUACAGCGGAGAUGCUGAGCUGUGAUAGGCACAAUAAAGAGAUUCACACAAACAUAGCUUUCGGCCAUUAAGGCCUUUGUCAGCAGUAGAUACACAUACACACAUGCGCGCACACACACACACACACACACACACACACACACACACACACACACACACACACUCACACUCAAGCAAGUGCAACUUGGACUUGGAGAGCUGAAACUACACUACUAUAGUUUCAGCUCUCUGAGACUGCAGAUGUGUGUGCAAGUUGCACUUGCUUGAGUGUGUGCGUGUGUGUGUGUGUGUGUGUGUGUGUUUCCAACAAAGGUCUUGUUGCCCGAAAGUUCACUUUCUACUUUCUGACAGUCUUUUUGUUGUGCCUAUCUGUGACUCAGAAUCUCCGCUAUAUGGUAAGUAGCAAUGAUCCGUUUCAUAACAGAGAAUGUGAAAUAUAUAUUUCAUUUUAGAAUAUGAUAAUUUGAUGCAAUUACUCUAUCUCUUCCUUUCUUGUUGUCUCUCAUUAUCAGCCCCCCUCCCCACCACACACACACACACACACCACACACACAGCAUAAUACUAUUCAAGCAAGUUUACAAUUAUAUAGUUGUUUUCCUUUCCUGAUUAGAGUAUUUGUAGCAGUUUCUGUAAUUAAUAUGAUUCCAGAAAGCUAGUUUUAGUGGCUUCUUUUGUGACAGUAGCCAUAGUUGUUGCUACAUUUUUAUAUCUGUGUAGAUACCAACACACACAGUAUAAGACUAUAUGUUUGUAUAACAUCAAUAUCACUUUUUGACAGAGGUUAUAUUUACUGUAUGCAUUACAGAAACUAUGUCUUCUGUAUUUCCACACCCUCAUUAGCAGUUUCCAAAGACUAUGAAAAAAAAUUCCCAGGACCAUCAUCUCAAUUUCAUCCAGCCUACUGAAUGACCUUUUGAAUCUGAAUAGUUACUGAUUCAAUUACUAUAUAAGUCUCACUCAGAACGAAGUACAAUUUUAAAGUAUGAGCCAGACUGCAGAAUGCACAUUAAAUAUUUUCAUUUAUUUCACCUGGCAAUUAUUAAUUGUGUAUUAUCGACAAUCAGCCCUCUUCUUAAUUUGUUACUGGAUAUGCAAUUCUUCACAUAUUUUUGAAAAUAAGAAAUAUUUCCCAAGUGGUGUUCCUUUCUUUACAACUGACUCUAGAAGUAUAUUGAAGCUUCAGGCAUGCAUACUAAUUCAGUUUCUUACAUAAAUGGAAUCUCUUGUUUCAGAAAAUAAAAAAUAGAAAUCAUCGUUGCAAAGGAAAAGAGUCUGCAAACUGAGCUGUUAAAACACAAACAAUCAAAGAAGGUGACAACACAUAAAUAAAAACACUGUAUUGAAUCUCUUAAGUUCAUAACUGUUUAAAGCAGUUUUUUCAUGUUGAGUGAGAGGGACAUUGAGGAGACAGGUGAAUGCUAAGGAUAGCUGAUACAGUUCAUGCUCUGGACUUUGAAUCUCAGCAAUUGUGUAGUCUGUUGUUAUUGUUAUUUUUUCUUAAUCUCCCAUAAUGUUUGCAUUUCCUGUUCAUUAUUCAGAGGAACUUCCCUUACAUAUUAAUAUUGCUCAUCUUCUGUUUUGCAUUGUGUUACCUACACUUUCAAGCAUUAAGUCUUGAUAUGAAAUAGUUUUCACAUUGUCUUUCUUCAUAGUUACAGAUUUAAUCAGCCAACUCUAUACAGCCAACUUCAAAGUUAUAAAAUAACUCUAAAUUUGCUUCUGAUCAAACACUACCAUAUUUCAAAUUCUAUCAGUAGUAUUGUAAAAAAGUGGAGUGAGUUUUAAUUUCUUGUCUGAAGAAGGAUUUCAGAUACACUCCACACCUUGUUCUGUUAAUUAAAAUGCUACAAAAUAGCAUUGUACCAAAAAUUUCUGGUAUGUUGUAAGUUGCAAAUAUCUGAACAGCACACUGAGAUCAGUUGUUGAGCUGAUGUGUCAGGAAUGAUAAGUUCAUUACGGUUUGCCAAGAAAUUAAUUUUAAAUUGUAUGGAGCAUUCUUAAUAUACAAUUUCGUCUUUUUUUAAGGCACACCUAUUGUAAUUCCAAGUUAAUGAAACUUCUCAAAUGCAAAUUAUUAGACUCUUUCAAAUUAUGAAUAUUAGGCAUUUGAAUCAUAAUGUCAUGUAAGGACCCAUCAAAACAAUAAGAACAUUUUUCAUCCAAAUUGGUGUGCAAUAAUAUACAGAAAGAGAAGAGUUAAAAAGUGCACAAGUGGUGAUUUUAUUUUACAGUGCCCAUUACUAUACAGAGCAGCUAUUCUGAAUAAUUUCUUAAUAUUAAUAAUUUUUUCUUUUGUCUUCUGUACGUCUUUAUUAUCUACAUAAAAAUAAUAACACAAAAGAAGUAUAUACUUAGUCAAUAUGUUUUAGACACAGUGAGCAUUUACCUUUAUUUACAAAAGUAUUCAUAAUAUACCUCAAGAAAUUUUUAUGAAUGAUGUUUUUUAAAGUUUUUUAUGAGGCUAUUUGUGUUUUAUAGACUGAACAAAUAAUUUUUGUGAAAUAGGAAUGAACAUGGGCACAGUAGAAAUCAUUGAGCAUAUUAUUUGAGUCAUUUGCCUGAAGAACUGUAUAAAUACCUUAGGACAAGCGAUAAGAGGGCUAAGACCCAUCUGAAGUACUGUUACCAGAAACACAAACUAAAUGUAAAAUAUCUUUCUUCAAACACUCAAAACUGUGAUGACAAUAAGUCACUUUAUCUGAUUUUUUUUCUAAUUGCUCAACUGAUGAACAGCCUACUCUUUCUGGAAAACAAAAUUCUUCACCACAAAAAUCCCCAAUUGUAUAUUACAAGAGAUUGAUAAAAGUAAGCGAUUAAAAUUUAGAUCAAUGCACUCAAAUUAUAAAGAGCAGUGGACCACUAGUGGUUUGACAAUUAUACUACUAGUGGCUUUUCCUACAAUUCCUUCAUGUCAUUCUAUUCCCAUACCACAUGGUAUAUUGCAGUCCCUUAUAUAUUUUUGUUUUCUGUCUGUCAAAUGUUAAAUUACAAACAUCUUUUUUUUUAUUAUGCUGCAAACAAUCAUCAUAAUUCCUGAUAUAUUGUUUCACUUACAUUACACACAGUACAACAACAGAGCAACAAAGUACUCAUUUCUCAAAAGACCUGUUUUCCACCUCAUCAGGUGAGGCAAUUAGAGAAACUACAGAAUUAAAAAACAUAACAAAACUGUUUAUUUUAUAUUUUUUUGUUCCUUCAUCUUUCUUCACCUCAGAUAUGAACAUUCACUGAUUGCAAGUUAGUCUGCUAAUCAAACAAUACUUAUAGUGAUUUUCUUAUCUUGUAAGUAUUUCUUUGCGAAUAAAUAACCGAACCAUGUUUCUUCAUAUUUCUUGCCCAUUUUCAUUCCUAAUGUAUUGUGUGCUUAGUUUACUUUUUGUAUUGAGAAUGUGGCAGAUUCCACAUAAUAAACCAUCCAGUGUAUAUAAUCUUAAGUAAUGAUUUUCUUAUUUAUUAUUAAGAAACUGCCUCUUAAUAUGAGUUACUGUACAUAUGAAUGAAAUUGUGAAUAAACAUUUUUGACUGUUUUACUA